AUACAUAUAUAUUAGUUUUACACACACAUUAUAUGUGUAUAGGCAUAUAUGUAUGUGCAUUCAUAUCUAAAUAUUCUUUGUGAGUAUGUAAGAAUAGGAAAUUAGCUAAAUAAUUUGCUACAAUCUUAAUUUUCCAUGUCAAAAAUUAAAAAGGUUUCACAUGGACAUACAUAUGUAUUCAUACACGUCAUAUUGACGGAAGCUUAUAUCGACUAUCAUUAAUUGAAUACUUGUACUACAUAUAUAAAAUAUUUGCUUAUAAAUGAUUUAAUUAAUCUUAUACGCAAUUUGUCUAUUUCUUUGGCUGAGCUCCUAUUUCAAACGAUCGCUGAGAGAAUUCACGAUUGGUUCGAACUCCUCGGCGUUCACAAUAGAUCUCAUUCUCCAUUCUUGGCAUUUACAUAUUUACAAACACAAUCACUUUGUUACUAUUUAAAAAAUUUUGAAAAUAUUUGUUAUUAUUAAGUUUGAAAGUUCGGUAGAAACACAUUAAUUAAAGCUUGUAUUUAGUUCACAAAUAAAUUCUGCAAAAAUAAGACAUUAAACCCAUCGUACAAUAAUAUGAGAAGUUUCAAUACCUUAUAACGGAAAUUAAAUAAAAAACGGUUGGAUGGAGGAUCAUUGGUUGUCUUUUACAUUGAUAUGAUAUGCUUUAUAAUGGAAGGGAACGAACACAAUGACGGUACAAAAUCAUUGCUGGAGCGUCUUAACGAGCUUUAUAAGUUAUCUGAAAAUAAAGUACUGUCUCAGGCGCAUUGCUUAUUUAUGACCGUCUACGUUAUUGCCCUGCAAACGGGAUUUAUACCGCAAACUUUCUUUGUUAAUCGACUAAAGGGCCUAGUACCUAUUGACUCUUGGUCCACAACUCAUAAAAACAAUGUGAAAAUCUGUUGUAGUCAACCGCCAUCAUAUCAUCGCGAUUCCCCGCAUGAGACUUAUUUUUCAGAAAAUUUCAUUACAACUUUUAAAUCCGAAGAGGAAGAUAAAUUGAAAUCUCAACUAAUUGCAAUAGUAACGGGUGACUUUAUGAUGGUCACCUUGUCGCCACAUCCAUCAACAAACUUGCUGGGGCACAGCAGUUGUCUGUCCAUUGGACGCUACGUUAUAGAUCAGUCGGAAGGUAAAAAAAGCCUAGACAACUGUUAUCAAAAGUUAGAUCAGUUGCAAAAUCAACUGCGAAAUGAAUUAUUCGUGCCGAUGCGUGUGGAUCAGCUGACCUUAUUGGGCGCUUUUCCGUUACCAAGUUUUAUGGGAAUUCCGAGAGAGCUUCGUAUUGAAAUCUACAAGUAUUUGCGCUCUAAGGAACUGCACAAGCUCCGUCGGGUUAGUAAAGAAAUACUCUUGGAAAUAAAAAUAUUUACAAACAAAAUUUAAACUAGCGAAUAUGGUCGCUUUCAAAGUUCAAGUGAUAGAAACUAACUUUAAUAUAAUAUUCAAAUCUUUUACAAUAAAAAUGUGUUAAACAUAAAACGGAA